UCAUGUCUCUUAGUGGUCAGACAGCCAGCAGGAAGGGAUGUGGUGUUUUUGCUGGAUGGAUCUGAUGCUACUAGAAGUGGAUUCCCAGCUAUGAGAGACUUUGUCCAAAAACAAGUAGACACACUCAGUGUGGAUGAUGGCAAAGACCGUGUGUCGGUUGUUCAGUACAGCAGCGAUCCAGCCGUCCAGUUCUAUCUGAACACGUACACCACAAAAAGAGAGGUCCUUGACAGUGUCAGAGGUUUGAGGCACAAAGGCGGACGACCCCUCAACACUGGAGCAGCUCUCCGGUACUUGAGGGAUAACGUCUUCACGGCCUCUGCCGGAAGCAGGCGGCCAUCAGGAGUUCCGCAGGUCCUAAUAUUGAUCACUGGUGGAAGAUCAUUUGACAGUAUUGAUGAACCAGCCUCUGCUCUCAAACAGCUGGGUGUCUUGACCAUUGCAAUUGGAACCCGAGGCUCUGACCCCAGAGAACUUCAGACCAUAACUGGCGAGCCCAGUUAUGCUCUAUCUGUGUCUGAACUUACUGACCUACCCAAAGUGCAACAGCAACUUGAGUCCUCUGUGGAAGCUGCAGUUUUUGAAGUCACCCCAGAAUUACCAACCGUAAUUGCUUCACGUGACAGAAAAGAUAUUGUAUUCCUUCUGGAUGGUUCUGAUGGCACAAGGAAUGGCUUUCCUGCCAUGCGUGAUUUUGUAGAGAGAGUGGUGGAGAAAAUCAAUGUGGGAGAAAACAAAGACCAUGUCUCUGUGGUCCAGUACAGCAGAGAACCAGAGGUCCAUUUCUAUCUGAACACAUAUACCACAAGGGAGGAUGUGGUGGACUCGGUCAGAGGGCUUAGACACAGAGGAGGAAGACCCCUAAACACUGGGGCAGCUCUCCAAUACGUCAGAGACAACGUCUUUACAAACUCCUCUGGAAGUAGACGCCUGCAGGGUGUCCCACAGAUAUUGAUCUUACUAACUGGGGGAAGGUCUUUUGACAAUGUAGAUAGCCCAGCCUCAGCUCUCAAACAGCAGGGCAUUUAUGUGAUUGGCAUUGGAACUAGGACCUCAGAUGCUAGAGAGCUGCAGAAAAUAUCAUAUGAGCCCAGUUAUGCUCUGUCAGUGUCCGAGUUCACUGACCUUCCCAGUGGUCAAGAACAGCUCUUCUUCUGUAAUGAGCAAAGUGAUAGUGAGGCCACGCCCAUGACACCAACAUGA